AUGGUUACCUCGACUUCUAUUUCUUUGAGAGACUUCCACCCAGCUCGCGACCCCGCAACGUCGCACCAACAACCCUCCCCUCUCCCGACGCCGCCCGAGAGGGCAUUCGCUCAACCAAUUCUUUCACUUCAGAGCCCGGCGACCGUCCAGAGCGGUUCGCUCUGGCGGAACCCAUGUAUUGGAGGCACACUGGCGGGCAACUACCGAGUAGGGGACUACAAUGUCGAUUACUCUGCACAGGAGUCGCAUCCGGGCGAGCAGAGUCAGCAGCAGCAUGGUUAUGACACGACGCCAUCCCAUCAGCAGCAUCAUAGGAGCUCCAUUCACCAUGGCGCCCAACACACGCCCACACUCCAUGAUCCGUCCCCGAGCCACCAUUCCCACCAUCCGGGAAUGCAGCAGCACCAUCCUCACCACUCCCACCAGGUACUAAUGGAUCCGGCGCACCAGAUGGGGCAUGCCAGACAUCUUGGCCCGCCUCAUUAUGGUGCUCCGGGUCCUGUGGUUGCUCCUCUGUAUCCCUCGAUGACAACGCCCACCCAGUCCCACGCGCCGCACGGAGCCCCAAAGAGACCCAGACCUGAUGACCUCGACCUUUCCGUGCCUGGAAUCCCGGAUCUGGAGCAGACGGACCUCGAAAGCAUGCAACAGACACCACUGGGAACUGGUUACGGGCAAGGAGUUCAAGUACAACCUCCUACGCACCACCAUCAUCGACUUCCUGACACAGGGCCCCCUUCUAAGCUAAUGAGGCGCGAUGGAGAUGGCGGGGAUAGAGGCGGCGCUCCAAGCGUGGUAGGACAAGCUGGCAUGCCCGCUCCAGCACCGAGACCGCGAGGGCCGAAGCUCAAGUUCACGCCUGAAGACGACCAACUUCUGAUCGACCUCAAGGAGAACAAAUCCCUUACCUGGAAACAAAUCGCCGACUUUUUCCCUGGUCGAUCAUCUGGAACCUUGCAAGUGCGCUACUGCACGAAGCUGAAAGCUAAGACAACCCAAUGGACCGACGAGACGGACCAAAAGCUUCGCACUGCACUUCAAGACUACGAGAAUGAGAAAUGGCGCAUUGUGGCCAACAAAGUCGGGACCGGCUUCACCCCUGCCGCUUGCCGCGAGCGCGCCCAGGAGUUGAUGGGUGGUAUGGGUGCUCCUUUAUAG